UAUUUUCAUUUUAACUCUACAGGUGUGAUUUGUCCUCAUCAGCUUAAUCGUUUGCUGCAUGUCUUGGAAGUGUCAGCAUGCGAUCGAAUUAUCUCGACUUGGACGAGUUUUGAACGUCUGCGUAUUGUUUUAUAUUGCAAAAUUGAGAUUGUUCAGCGAUUUCUUCCCGAACGUCGAUUUAAUGCGUUAUGGAGAGCGAAGGUUUUCUACUUCAGCUUGAGCCGAAGGAGACAAAAUGGGACUGCGAAGAAACUAACAGUUCUGAUGAAGAGACGUUUCGCACGGCGAAAUCGAGCUUUUCAUCAUCGAGCGACGAAGACUGGUCAGAAAUGUUGGAGUCACCGUCACCAAUGGUCCGUCUGGAUGACUCCACUCCAACAGACGUCAGCGACUCGGAGUCCAGGCCAAGCAGCACUGAAAACAGCCUCGUCUCUGACGAAGUCCGAUUCUCGCCAUCAUCUUCGUCAUCCCGAUCAUCUCUGGAAAACACUAGUGAAUGCGGAUGGCGUCCCGACGACAUCAUCACCUGCUCUCAUUUCCUGGUUCGUGCCUCUGCCGGCGAGGACGCCGCUGCCGUGGUUGACUUACCCGAAAAAACCUGCGAAGUAGGUUCAAAAUUCCUUUCGACGACGACGAUGAGUGAUGAUGCUGAAUCUCCUGAAAUUCCGCGCGUGGGCCCCACAAAAGACCGAGCAGCAGCAGCUCCUCAGAUGACUUUCCCGAUUGAUAGCAGCGUUGGAAAAUUCCGGGAGUCGCCGGACGAGAGUUUGUGCGACCUAGAAUUUUCGUUUGAGGAUCAGGAGAAUUUCGACACUUCGAUUCCCCUGAAUGAUAGCCUGAAUGAAUCGUUUUUACAAGCCAUGAAAGACCUGAGCGUGAAAGAUGGCUGUAGUCCGAGUGCCUUGGAGAAAAAGACCACGACGAUCCUCAAGAAACAGCCCAUUAUUGACGCGAAUCAUGAUGAUGCGAAAUCGAACGCGUUGCCUGCGAAAAAUCCGGACAAGAAAUCCUCGUUCAGCAGGAAGCAAAAAGUUGCUCUCGGGAAAUCCAUCCGCAAUUUACUCGAAACCGAAACGAAGGUAUUAUCGAAUGAGAGCAACGUCAGUCGUGACGGUAAUAGUCAAUCAUUGAAUGAAGUGGAAACCGGGUUGGGAAACGUGACGAGUGACGAAUACAGACGUGACACUGUGUUCGCUUCUCCGGCUCGUGUGUUGAAGUCUAUAGAACAUUCCGCACCAUCCGGAGAAUUGACUCCUGAACAGAGUGCGCGUGUUCACUGGGAAUUGUUUAGAGAUCAGGAAUUUUAUUUCGAACUCAGACCCGGACAUUUUGUACGACUGGAAGACGACGAAGCCGCAGCAAUUGACGAUGAAAAUAAAUCACCGAGAGCUGUUGCUGAUUUGUCUGAAGAACCUGGAAAGGGUCGUGGAGGAGGUCCGAGGAAGAUACAGAGUGUUGCAGACGACGCGAAUACUGGGGUUUUCAGGAAAAAAUUUCGUGAGCCGAAAGACUUUCGGUCAUCGAGUAAAGAGCUCUUUGAUGUUACUGCUGGUGGCUUCACGGAAAGCGCUGUGUUCGAUUCGCAUGAGGAUCGUUCGCAGCAAGGAAUGAAGGUCGCUGCGUCCAGCAGGGCUGAUGCGAAGGCGCGUGGUACGAGCGACACCUACUGGAAUAGCGAGGGUCCUGUUAUCCCUGGAAAUUUGAACUUUUCGACCGAAAUCUUCCAAGACGACAGCCUUCCGAGUUCCAAUAAUAUGACUUCGAAACGAGGUACACCGAAUAAGAGCCCUCGAAUGAAGUACGCUACGCGACAAAACGUCAUUGCACCUGUUUAUCCGCGUCGCGGAGGCCGUAGUCUGACUCUCGGCGACUUCUUGACCUCCUCCAACGACGUCAGCUGCAAUAAGAACGGUCCCUACGUAGCCGACGUCAAUGACGGGAAACGAGUGUUGUGGCAGAACUCCGGCUCUACUACUGGAACACUGAGCUACGACACCGAUUUCCCGCCCUUGUACGAAGACGAAGAACCCAGGAGGGUCACUGGUGGUGAAUCUAUCCAUGCUGAAAACGACGACCCGGAAUUGGCGCCCAGCAAGUCUGUUGGAGACGACGAGCGGUUGAUCGACGGAAAUACGACGACGACCGGCGAUGAUGGGAACGAGAAAUUAUUUGUCACAGCCGGGGACUCGCUUGAAUUCAAAGAGCCGAAGGAAGGUGAUGACGAUGAAAGGAUAGAAGAGCAGCAAGAAGCAGCUGCUGCUGGUGUAGCUAGUGAGAUAUACGGUUGCAGCCAGGAUGAAUACGUGGACGAGUGGACAAACUUCGUGGAGCUGACUGGAGGAGGAGGAGGAAGUUCGUGUGCUCUUGCUAGAAAUACUCUUCGAAUGUCGUGUUCUCAGGAAGAAAUCUCAAAUUUCGGCGCUGUAAGCAACGGUUUGGCGCAGGAUCAGCUAGUCGGCUGUGCGGAUCCGGGAGCAGCGACAGGAGAUGAUUUCGACAUGGGCAUGCUGCGUCCUCACGGCUACGCAAACAACGGCUCUUCACAUCCCAGUCCGGCUGGUUUGUUGCCGAACCCGCGAUUUGUACCAGGAUUCCGGGGAUAUUUUCCAGUUCCUGUACGAAGUGGCGGCAUUCAUCAGGCCAUGGUUCCUCGCCACACGGCGUCGUUCCAACCUCCGUACGGCGCGGUGCAGCAUCCCGCCCCCAUUCAGCAUCCAAACUUUGCCUGGAGUGGUUGGCCACCAGCAAACCCGCAGCAGUGUUGGACGCCACUGAAUCGUCCGAGGAUUCCCUUCUCGCCUGCUCAGCAAAACCAGGUGUACAAUCCCGGCGUUUUCCCCCGUCCUGACUCUUCCUUGGACAAAGAACGUUCCGAGUGCUGUGAAAUGAAUCUGCGAACAAUGAUGGAGCGUGGUUCGUCCAUGUCGUCCAUGGAAAGCGCUGCGUCUACGGAACCGCCGAAGUCGUGGAGUUGUGUGGACUGCGGGAAACGUCGAUUUUUAGCAACCGCAAAUCCUAAAAGGUGUGCGUUGUGUGGUUUGAAGAGUUUCUCGAAAAACGCGAAUCGUCCGAUGAAAACGAGAAUGGAUAUCCUCGACUCGCUCGCUGUGGUCUACAUUAAACCGGAUGCCGGGAGCAAAAACGCUGUCACCCAUUUCAUGUCAACCGUGGAACCUGGAGUUGCGAUGGAAUUCAUUCGAAAUUUGUUCGAUUUAGGCAGCGUCAGUAACGAUGGAGGUCGACGCUGUGCAGAAGCGUUGGUUGGUUUCAUCGUCAACACGAAGCGAUAUGGCAGAAAAAUACUCGCUGGGUUGCGAUCGACGAUGGAAACAAUGGAGAAGCUAUUGCAAAAAACGUUGAAGGAACGAGCUGUAGGGGAUACAACGGGACUACACGUGAUCCACAGGUCUUAUGAUUUUUUGUGGACGUUCCUUGACACCGCUCGGAUAGAGCAGCCGGAUAUUCUCCGAGUUCUGCCUCUUCACUAUGACAAGGUAUUCCUGCUUAUUUUGAAGACAGCUUCUGAGAAGAACUUCGCUGGCGAGAGCGCUGAAAAUGUGCAAGGGAAACUUUCGCUCGUCGAAACUAUGUAUCGUCACUUCUGCAGUAGGGGCAGCAAAACCCAAGAUGGGCCUAGUCCAGAAACUACUUCAGCACGCGUCUCGGAGCUUAUUGUGGCCAUUGGCUUGAAAGCCUGUCACUCCGAUAAUAUGAGCCCCGAAGGAUGUCUUUCAGCUUUAUCCCUCCUGCAGUUAGCAGUUGAUUCAGGCUUGAGCGCGAGGAAAUAUCUUUUGACGUUGAAUAUCCGCGAGGAUCUUGUGUUCACUAUCGUGGCCAAACGGAUGCUUCAGCGGAAUUAUGCGACGAAGAUCCGCAUUUUAUCGAUUCUGUUGCGUUGCCUGAGCAUCCAGGUUUCAUGGAAUGAAAAUAAUUACGAAUCGAGCUUGAACCUUGUGCGAUGCCAAGAUGUCGGAAACACGCAAUUCAAGCGGCGAUUCAUCGAAGCAUUUUUGGACGCUGAUUUGGUCGAGGCGGUUGUGCGCUAUUGCAUGAGCACUACUGAACCUGUUUUGAACAGGUUAUCCUUGUCCUUUUUGAGGAUAGUCUCGGAACACGAACGCUUUUACGAAGAACAAGCCGAGCAAGUGCUUCCUAAAAUUCUGCUCGUGCUUCGCGCCUUCAUUAUAGAAGGUGUGACUCGUCACAGGUCAAACACGUGUAUACAGAAAACGAUCGCUUCGGGCUUGAUUUUGGUCGAUGGCAUCAUCUCCAGGACUAAAAUGUCGUUGGACGAUUAUCAACGGGCGAUACUGGACAUAUUGGACGUCGCCUUGAGCCACACAGGAAUGUUGUCUAGCCCUCCGACCAGCAACAACAUGAAUACGGUUCAAAGUUCAGACGAUGAAGGAAAAGCACGAUUUAUCGAAGGAUUCAGGGCAGAUCCGAAGAUUUUCGCAUGUGCGGGUUCCCUGCUCGGCACAAUCGCGUGUUCCUUGGAUGAGGAAGUCGCAGAAAAACGCGUCAAGACAGCACUAAUAACGGUCGAGCGGAGUUUUGAAGCUUGUAUCGAACAGGAAAGCGUCGUGAAUUUUGCCAACGUUGGGUUGAAGCUGUUCGUAACUACUUUUGCUUCCCCUGCUGUUGCUUCGUUUGCUGACGGGGAUUAUGAGCACAAGCUGAACGCGUCGAUCAUGAACAUGUCGAUACUGAGCUUGGAUGAACAACCCAGAAGUUCGUUGAAUAACUCUGAGUGCGCUGGUGCGAUCAUCUCCUUGAUAUUUAAGAAAUGUCUUCCGAAAGUCAACGAAUUACAUAGAAGCAAGGUGGCCUUUGAUUCGGGAGUGAUCGACCUCAUGCGACUAGUAAUAUCCUCGUUGAAACUAGGAUGUGGUGUGUUGGAAAAAUCCGGCAUUAAGGACCUAAACUUCUGGAGGAAGUUAAUCGGGAAUGAAUCUUGGGAUAAAUUGUUCAUUUCUUCCGGUUCGGCUGAGGAAUUGGUUCUGAAAUCCGGGUGGUUUGCAGUGUUCUUCCACGCUUUAUUUGCAAUCCCUUCUAGAGAGAAGAAAACUUCUUUGGAGCAGUUCAUCAUCAAGUGCUGCUCAUGGGCAUUGAAGUAUGAAAGGGACAACGACCUCAUCGGCACCUUGCAUCGAUGGACCCGCCUGCUUGACGAGGGAUUAGCCUUCAUCGGAAAACAAGCUGAUCUGAAUCGGAAGUCGCAGAGAUGGAAUAAAAGUGCCGGACAUCAUGCUUUUCAAGAGCCGGCUGUGAUGAUCACUUCCAUAAUCGCAUUUUUCGCACACGAAGCCUAUAAUGCGUCUCCGGACGAGCGCUUGUCGAUAAUGGAACCGGAGCUGUUUUUGAAGAUUUUGAGGCGAAUGCAUGAACACUUUCCUUCCAAUGCUGGGUUUUCGGAAACAACUGCCUUUAAUCGAGUUCUGCUGUUUUGUUUGGCGAUGGCAGAGGAUGAUGACGAAGCUGCAGAAAGCGCCUCGUUGAAGAUGCUGGAUAGUUGGAUGAUGCACCGACUGAAAAUCGGAGGGAAAAUGUGUGAAGAUUUCGCCGAGCGUUACGUUCAUCACCCUGCUGUCCUUCUGUGGCCAUUUCGUGAUAUUUCUCGGUCGACUUUAUGCGGAAUGAGUGUCUUGAAACUUUGGAUUGGAAAGGAAGUCCAAAAUUCCCUGGCGAAUGGCAAAGGUGACCCUGCAGUGGAUACCAUCGAUUUCCACUUUCCCGACGGUUGCUGCAAACUUCCCGCUUUUGUGAAAUGUUUGGCGGUUGCCGAUGACCUGCUCGUGAAAUUCGUGAUGCUGAUCGAAAUGUUGUCCGAGGCGGGCGUGCUCAAGAUCACUGAAUCAAACCAUUCGCAAGCCGCAGAAAAUUCCGACAUCGAAUCAUCUCUCUCGUUUGGCGAACAACAGCGUUCAAGUGGAAUGGACUGGACGCAGGACUCGAAUUCUGCGUUUGCCCUCUCCUCGCAGAUUUCAUCCAUAGCCACCCAGAAAGACGACAAUUCAUCAACAAAACUGGUUUCCAGCAGCUCUUAUGGUGGUUGUGGCAAACGAACGAAUCGUCGUUCGGUAGCGAGGCUUGCAAAACUGGUUCCACUGCUCUACCGGAAUUUUGUCGAGCUCAGGGGGUCGGUCUUCAGCGAUGAUGCUAGUGCUGAUAUCAAUAGAAUUCGUAUGACGCGGCAGGCAGAUGUUGUUAUCGACAAGCAAAAAUUACUCCAUCUUUUACGCAAGAAGAAUCGCGAAGUUCAAGAAAAGUCGCUUGCUUUGAUUUCUGCGAUAAUUUCGCAACUUUUGAACGCAUCGGAAGAAAAUCCUCCAUUUUUAAAGGUCUCUGGAGUUUCUCUUCCAGCCGGAGGUCAGGUCUUCGAAAUUUUCUCUGAUGAGGAAAUUGUGGAACUGACGGAGUUCUUGUUGGAUGACAUCUGCGAAACGGCAUCGCAUCAUUCUAUGAAAUGCCUGAUGAAGUUUCUGGAGUAUUUGGAACAUUCUGAUUCUUCCAAGUUCAAGGACUUCAUUCAAGGUUAUGAAAUGCGGCUGAUGGUUCAUACUCUUAUCUUGCACUUUCGGCGCUUCAACAAUGUCGUCGAGGAAAACAUUCUAAAAAAUCACCAGCCCUUCACUCGUUCGAGUUCCAGACCGUUGGACAUUUGCUUUAAGUUUUUGGUUGCCUUCCGUGCUUGUUCGAAAAAUCGGCGAAAUUUUUCCGAUUUCUUCAUACCAGAAAUCGUUCGAAACCUGUACCUGCUGAUCGAAGAGUCAAGUCUAAUUACCGCUUCGGAGAACGACGCUGACUCUUCCCCCAAUUUCUCCGACGGAGUGUUGAAAAAAUUGAAAAAUGAGAUAUGUGAAAAUUGGAAGCAAUGCUUAUCUGAUGACACUGUGGAUAUGGAGAACGUCUGAAGAACACGCGCUUUCGAUUUUUGACUAUUACUUUUUUGACGAAAUAUUAUCGUUGCUUUUUUACUGCGCUUUUUUGAUGGUUUUCACCUUGUUAAAGUCAAGGUCUACACGAUGAAAAUGCGUCAAGUUUCACCUUAUAACACUAUUACUGACUAUAAGUGCUGUUCACUUCCCCGACAAUUUAAAACUAAACGAAGAAGUCCAAUCGAUACGUUCAAAUGCGAGAUCCAUUCUUUUAAAACAAGACUUAGUCAAAUCAUUAUCAAUUAAAGCCUUAAGGUUUUAACAAGUCCGUCGGAAGACAAAUUUUGUAAGAAUGAACGAAAAAAUUCGUCAGUAUAAGAUCUCAUGCAGUACUCCGGAACCAAUUACUGUAUAAUUUUAUACCAUUUUUUAAAAUUUUUUAAUGAAUAAUGAAUGCUGCUGUCGUAUUUCCGUAAAAUGUAUCCGAGAGGAAGUCAACUCAUGCAAAUAUGGAGUUGGAAUAUGAGCCCGCAAAUCCGUUUUGAAUUCGAGGGAAUUGAUUUCGUUUUAAUUUCGAGGGAAACCCAGAAGUAAAUCUGUUACGAUUUUUAAUUCGACUCAUGUUUCAGGUCAACAUUUUUUCGUGGCCAAAAAGAGGAGUGUACUUUUUUUCUGCUGUUCAAUUACGAGUGAAACAUUUUGAAA